AUGUUAGAAGUCGACAGUCAGCAGCAGAACGAAUCUUAUCAGCGCCUCCGUACUCUGGUUGAAGCUGAGAGAUCAUAUCAUCGUAAUGCUCUUGAUAUCCUCGAUCAGUUACAUUCCAAGAUGGUUGCUGAGGAAGAAGCUACAGAAUCAUCACCAAAGUCACUACCUCUAUAUUUAGAGGAUGCUGUAUCUCAUCCCCAAGAAGAAACCAAUUCCAACCACAGGGGAGAGAUCAAAUCUAUUCACAUAGAGGACACCGAGUGUAGUCACCAAGAAGUAACCAAACUCAAUUCCAAGAACGAAACCAAGUCUUCUAGUCCACAAGAAGAGUGGCUGGGACAGGCUGGUCGGAAGGAGAAUACAAGGGCAAAGCAGUCUGCAUACGUGGAGAAACAAGGGAAAGCUCCUGCAAGCAAAAUAGUGGAGGCAAACAUGAUCUCUUUCUUUAGCAUAAACAGUUGUUUGAUGGGUCCUCAGUAA